AUGCCGAAGGAAGCGCCUUGCUUGAGCGAGCACAAUCCUUCUGCCUCAUCCAGCAAGAAUGCUAAAAAUAAGAGCAACAGUUUGACUCUGAUGGCAAUGCGUGAAACUAAAGACGUAGACGACUCCAGUGGAACGGGCUCCCGCUGCAGCUCUGAGAAAGACUCCGGCUACUCUGAUGGCUCAGACUGGCAGCAGACAGAUGUGGAGGACCAGCGUAGCAAUCAAAGCCAGAGCAAAGGCAGUGAGCAGGCCGCCACUUCACAGACAGGUCAAACCAAAGACCUCCAGCAAGGGAAUCCUGGGAAUCCUACACUGAAAACAGCAGGCCGCGAGCUCCAACCCAUCUACAUCAUCAAUAACAUGGUGCUGAAAAAGCCGGACAUGAUACAAAAAAAAGUCCAGCUGUCCCGGAGAAAUGGAAGCCGGGGAACAGGAUGUUCUGGUUCCGCCCAUAUGAUCCAUUCCCAGCAUCCUAGAUUAUUGCCGGCCUCCCGCGAGCUCCACAAGCCUUUGUCCCGGAAGUCCCACAUCACAGGGAAGAAAAUAAAUGACACUUACCUCCCCAUUCUCAACUCCUACCCCCGCAUUGCCCCACACCCCAGCAAGACACCGCCUGAUAAAUCUGUAUCUAAUGAUGAAUCACAGAAUCUGAGUAACAGGGUGUGCACAAAUCACAUGAAUGAGGAAAAAACGUUGAUCAGGAGUCUUCCUGAGCAGCAUAUUCAUGAGCAACCCAAAGAGGCAGUCCUAACCCAUGGGCUGCCAUGUCCCUCUUCAACCAGUGCAUCCUCCUCCAGUCCAACUACUGUCUCCUCAAGCCAAGGCGCCCCAUCUGGGUCCACUUUGCACCAUACGUCUUCCAACCUCACAUCCAGAGGACCUCACCAAAACAGCACCAUCAGUACCCGCCACCACAGGUUCCUCAACACGGUACAAAUCCUCCGACAGUCAGGUCUGCUGGACAUUACACUGCGCACCAAGGAGCUGCUUCGCCAGAGCAACGCCACGGAGCAGAACAUUGCCCAGCUCCGCCAGCACACGGAGUUACUGUGCCGGGCGGCCAGCGACCCCCCCCACAGCCUGAGCAACACAUGGGAACAUCUGCAUCGAGACAUGGCCGAGUCCGGGAGCUACCCUAACCUUAAAACCCUGCAAAAUGUACAAAUCCCGUAUCAUAUAGAUUCCAGUCAACCAGUGAGUUUCUCCACAGGAUACUCCUACGCUGCUGAGGGCUCAUCUCGCCUUCACUCUACUGUACCAGACCCAAACUCAGAAAAAGGCAGGGAGAUCGAGGGUGAUAGAAAUUGUCUAUCGGAAAAUGUCACCUUUACACCUCCUGACAGUUCUACCGGUUAGAAAUCCGCCGUGCCUUUAAAGGAAGAGGGAGUACUCAGGGCUAUUUUUGGAUAUUAUGUGUCAUUUGAAUGGUUAAUCCCUGGUUAUGUAAAUAUAGUUUUAAUUGCACAAGAUAUCUCUGCAGGUCAAUGGGAAUCCAACAAUGAUUCAAGGUUCGUACUACAUGUCGAAGUACAGGUUUUGUUGCAGAACGUGCUUCAACAGAAAUAAGUGUUUGACAUCCUAUCCCUUUUUAAUUCACUCAAGUGCAACCCGAGGUACCACUUUAUAUAAUCACUGACUUUAUACACCCACACUGAUGUUUGGAUGAUCUCUGCUUGUGAGACACUUAAAGGAUUAUCAGAAAAAUAAAAUGUAUUUCCCCUGGAGGCUGAGGAAUUUGGCUUAGACACAGGCAAUACAACAUAAACAGUUUAGUUGGUUGUGUCACUGUCACACCAUAGAAACUUAAUACAGAGAAAGGAUAAAGGUAUCCAUCUUCUGGUAGAAAAUGUUUUCUUUUAACAUGCUGAAGGAGAGGUAGCAGUCCAAACAUGUGACAAGAUUGGUGCCCUUGAAACAACACAAGAUAAAAGCUGCCGAAAAAAUUGCCCUGGAGGCACAACUGAAUGCUCAAUGCUGCAGAGAAAACCUUCCUCAACAUUACAUCAUCCAUGCUGCAAGGACUUAUAUCUAAAUGUUUGUCAACAAAGCCUUAAAAAAACCGACUUCCUUUUAUCUGUUUUGCAUUACCAAGACACACCAUGAUCCCAGGUUAUGAUAUCAUAUUUUAUUUUACAAAUACAACACAUAUCUUAUAAUAUUGGAAGAGAUUCAUCAACAGAAUCUAAUCAAUCAACGCCGUUUUCCCUCAUGCAGAUGCUUUAUUUUCCGUUUUCACUCUGAUGAUAUUUUCUUUUCCUCAGAUGGGCCACAGUUGAGAGUUUGACUGUGUUAAAGUAUAACACGGUGUUGCCUAAGUGGCUACAAUCAUGUGUUAUGUCAAUGAUCUUUCUCUGUGUGCUUCUGCAUAUGACAGACAUCACUGCAAUCAAUGCACAUAUUUCUCAAGUGGUUUUUACAGUGUGUUUUUCACAAUUUUAAGGUAUUUAAAUAAAGAAAUAUGAAGAAUAGACUUUGUCAGUGUAUCAAUGAUUCUUCUCUAAUUCAGCCGACUAUGGUAAUAUGGGUCUCCAUUAGUUCAUGUAACUUCUUCCAUGGAAAUGAAAGAUUCUCCCGGGUUGUGACGCGUAUGUUAGAGACACGCAUGUGCUUCACUGUCUCCUGAACACCUUGAAAAUAGUUUCCAUUGAGCUCCAUGGUUACAGAGAAAACUUUCCGUUCACUGUGAUUAAUCAUUUUGAAAUAAAGGAUGCUUUUGUUAUGACACAAAA